AUGGCAGGAUGGGUAACAAUGGCCAGCUGGCGUUCUGAGACGCGUAAAAAUAUUACUUUGGGGGAGAAAUCCCGAGAACCAAAGUUCAAACUCCGAAUCUCCAUUCGGAAGACUCAUCUCAUUUCAACCUACAGAGGAAUAGGUCUGGCCGUCGUCAAGAUACUGCUCGACACAUUCAAUGUUAAUGUGGCCGCGAUUUCCCGAACCCGCACACCUGAAUUAGAGACACUGUUGUCAGACAACCUUCUACAUAUUCAAUGCGACGUGUCCGAUGAACCCUCGCUGGUUCGGGCCAUCUUGCAGGUGGAACAACAUUUCAGUCAUAUUGAUGGGCUUGUUUUGAAUGCUGCCGUGGUGGAACCCAUGUGCCGUAUUGGGGAUUCUACCCCUCUGUCUUCCUGGAAAACGCAUUUUGAUGUCAACUUUUUCUCCUUAAUCACUGCUGUCAGAGCAGCGCUGCCCGCGCUGAGACGGAGCGAUGUCGGUGGUAGGAUCAUCUUUGUCAGUUCCGGUUCUGCCGUCAAAGGAACACCGGCGUGGGGACCUUAUAAUGCAUCCAAGGCAGCUAUGAAUAGCCUUUGCAGAACCUUGUCUGAAGAGGAAUCGAAAGUGACUUCAGUUGCUCUCAGGCCUGGUGUUGUCGACACAGAUAUGCAAGCUAUGCUGAGAACCACCGGCGGCGAGAGCAUGUCUGCCAAAGACUAUCAGAAAUUCCUAAAUUACCAUACCAGCGGCGAACUUCUGUCUCCAGAUCUACCUGGUCGUGUAAUAGCCGCCCUUUCUCUGCAAGCACCUGCAUCUUUGAGCGGGCGAUUCGUCAGCUGGAACGAUGAGUCCUGCACGCCCUUCAGAAGUUAA